CUACUAAAACGAGAGCUUCAAGAAACUAACUAUGAUAUAGUGGAAAGUUCCUAAACUCCUAUAUAUAGUGCUGUGUUCCUAUAUAUAAGUAUUUUUGACAAUACUUUGUAUUUAGUGAACUAAUUAGUUUCAAAAAUGGGUUGCAACACCAGCUCUGAAGCGAAGACUGCCAAAGAUGAGAAGAAUAAUGCGCAGGAGAACCAAACAAAUGCGGCCACAGAAGAGAAAGCCAAGGAGACAGAAGCUAAGUCUGACGAAAAGUCAGAGGAGCAGGCAGCGACAAAGAUCCAGGCGGCUUUCCGUGGACAUCGGACGAGGAAAUCCAUGAGCAUGAAGACCAGCAAGCAGCAGCCACAGCCCGAACCCCAGCCUACUAAGGCCGAGCUGGAGGCAGAAUUCCGGGCUGAUGAUAAAGAGCUAUGCAACGCAGCUACCAAGAUCCAGGCUUCGUUCAGAGGUCACCAGGCUCGCAAGGAGAAGGAGCAGGCUGUGAAGGAUCAGGAGCAGCAGGAUAAGGAGGACAUCGAAAAGAUUGACCUCUCCGAUCCCGACCUGAACAAGGCGGCGACCAAGAUCCAGGCCUCCUUCCGCGGCCACAAAGUUCGCAAGGACGUCAAAUAAAGGGACCAUGGGGUCUAAACAGGGAUGGGAAGUCUUUGACUUUGAAAACACGAGAAUUUUACUGCCCAAUAUUUGUCGUUUUUUUAAAGGAAACAUUUUUAGUUGAAUUCAAUAAUUAUUUUUUUGUUGUAUCAGGAACAUUUAAAAUUUAUAUUUUAGGUAUUUCUAUUCUUAACUUCUUGAGUUGAUUAAAAUAUAAACGAUUGUUAGCAUACAUCCGAAUCGGAUAGGUGGUUUGAUCGUCCACCUAUCCGAUUUAAAUACCAUCCGAUGUUUUCUAGCAAUUGUCGAUAUUUAAUCGAUUAUUACAAUGCCACAUCUCUAUUCUUGUAAAAGUGAUGUGCAAAUAAUUUUUUUGAGUGUAAUAUUUUUUUAGUUUUUUUUUAUUUUUCGUGUUUGCAAGGUCAGAAACUAUUGAUGUGUUUACUGAAUAGUAAAUGUAAAGUGAGUAAUCGUGUAGAGUAUGUCAAUUCUCUACUAUAUUGUUGUCAAUUUUAUGUCACGUAGGUACUUAUUUAUUGUUAAAAUUGUCAAACAUUUUGUUAAUAAUUUUCCAAAAUAAUAUGUCGUAUGAAGGACUUCACUGAUACUCCUCAUUUAUUUUAAUAGAAAUAAUAAUCAAAGUUAAAUGUUAAAAAUAAAUUCCGUAAUUAAAUAAUUGUUAAAUUGUGAACUUUUAACAUAUGGAAUAUGUUUUUCUUAACAUGUAUGUGUUUCUUAGCAUUGGAUUGACGUGUCUCAUGAAUACAAAAAAAGUAGAAAAUACUGUAUGGAGUGAAUUGAACUAUUUAUAACAUAAUAAAAAAAUAUCUAUCUCGUUUUUUCUAUUAAAAAUUUUCAUCACACUACUUCGUGUACCUAUAAGUAAAUAUGGGCAUUUUAUUAUUAUUUUUUUCAAUUAAUUAAUAACAUUCCAAAUUUCAAUGUUCGUUGAAAAAUUAAUAUUUUAAUUUAGAUUAAUGUAGUUUUUAAGAUUAAAUAGUUUUAGUGGCAU